AUGUCGACCGCUCAACAUCGAUCCCGUGAAGGCUGCUGGACUUGCAGGGCCAAGCGCCAGAAAUGCGACAAAGCCCAGCCCGCCUGCCAUAACUGUGAGACGCGCGGGGUAUCUUGUGAAGGAUACGCGUUGCGUCUUCGUUGGGGAACGGGAAUUGCAUCUCGAGGCCGGUUCACGGGAGCGGAGAAGCCCGUUGAACAGUCGAUACCUCCUCGGCCAAAAGGGCGUCGCCGGGACUUAAGUCGAGAGCGACGGCGGCGUGGACUCCCACGUGGAAAUGAGAAAGAAGAUGAGGAUAAGGAAGAAGGUUAUUUGAAUCAGAUGUCUAGAACCCCACGUUGGAGUCCUGCAGACACAUCCCCGUCUGCUCCGAGUACGUGGACUCCAAGGACUGCUGAAAACGAGAUGCUCUUUGAAGAAUUUCUAUCGAAUGGAAUCAAUAUUCUCCAUGCAACGACGAUACAAGAGUCCAACAACUUGCUGUGGAAUCGCCUCCCCAUGCUGUGCGAACAGUCGGAUGCUCUGUAUACAAUCUGUCUGGCAAUCCAAGUCUCCUUGACUGAUCAACUGAAGGUGCGGUUUUUUGAGUACUUUGACGCCGCUCUUGGGAAGUUCCGCUCCGCCCUAGCUCAGCAUGUCGUGUAUUUAGAUGAUAGUACUUGGGUGGCUGGACUCUUGCUGUGUAGUAUCGGGAUAUUGCACGGGCUACCGUGGACGAUGCAUCUGCAAGGGAUGUACAAUAUCCUUCAGACACACGAACUCCAGGGGCAUGUGGAGCAUCGAACGCCAUUCCGAUCACACCUAUUGGAAGUGAUGGGUGUUAUGGACCUCCCUACUUUCUCAGUUGGACGGCAAAAUCCUUGUCUAGGCCUCUGGCGUAGAUAUUGUCGUGAGACCAAACAUAUGACUCGUAAUGACGUGGAGCUUGUCAGUGGGCUUCCACGCUCGCUGAUUGACCUCUUCUCAUGUAUCGGCCAUGGGGCGACCGAAGAGGACUUCUGGGACUGGCCUGGUGCCCCUGGUGCAUUACUCCAAUGCCAUCUCUGGGAGGCUUAUCGCCUGGCGGGUAUUCUGACCGUGCGACACCGCAAUUUACCUCCGACACUUGUCUGCCAUACACCUUGCUCCCAACCCCCGAUUACAUCGGGUUGCAUGGCAUCGCAAACAUUGCGGGCGAGAUGUCUACCCAGUACUGAAGUGCUUGUCUCGCGGAUCCUGAGCUGCGUCGACGCAAUCCGGCGGGCAUCCUCGGACCCUGAAGAAAGCAGUUACCUAGUCAUGAACUCGAUUAUACACCCAACCUUUGUGGCUGGAUUGCAGAUCGCAAUCAUCAACGCACGGCCAGAUUUCAAAGAAUUAAUUUCUCAGUGUAUCUUAAGUGACGUGCCAGGCUUAAUUAAUACGACCCAAGGAGAGUUGGUAUUAGACUUCUUGCGAGGGAUGUGGGAUUGCGCCGAUGAGAAAGUGGAUGUAGAAGAGCUAGCAAGGUUACGAGGGUUUGAGCUCGUCUUGUUGUAA